CUUUGCUCAUUUUGUCACUGAUCAGUUAUGUGUCUAUAAAGAAAGAUUUCAUCUUCACCGCCCCGAAAUACGCCAACGCCGGCGGACCGCGGGUGUACAUGUUUCAUGCGGGAUUUCGGUAUGUGAGCACGUUUCUUUCUUAACAUGCGUUUAUUGUUCAUGUCAUCACGUUUGUCGUGUAUCUCGGACGGAAAGCACGUUUUAAUCCGCACGGUUUAACAUACGCGCCUUCAUCUAGAUCAAUAAGCGUUUGCUGUCAUUGAGUCAUGUUUUGUGUGUCUCUUGUACACAGAUUUUUGGAAAGGCCUGUUGUCAUGAUGCGCAGUGCGCAUGCGCAAAUCAGUCGUGAACAACCUACAUUCUCAUAUUUCGCGGAGUAAUGAUUUCCAUACAGCGGCAGCCUUAAUUUUACCUGCAUAUACUCCAUUUGUAUUGAAAAUAUUUCUUAAAUAAAACAUCUUAAACGUAAAAAUAAACCUGUAACUGUGCGACAACAAAUGACAGAGUGUUUAUAAACAUGUGACUGCUCACUUAAGUGCUUCUGAUUUUCUGGUCUCAAUUCACUGUGGAUUUCUUUACCCGUUGUAUUGUUUGACAGAUGAAAAGGAGUCUGUUCACUCAGAAAAGUACUCAACAAGCCACAUGUUUUGUUUCAGAAUGUUGUAUGGGCCAGAUUUUUAGAACAGAAACAGUUUUUCUAUUCAACAAAAAGUUAAAUACAGUACUUUUGAGAACUCUCAAACCCUGGUAUGCUGCUGUAAAAAUGACACAAGUAUUGCUUUCUAACUUAUUGGCAGAGACAGAGUAUUGUGUUAUUUCUGUGUAGAUUGUGUAGUUGUGUUGUUGGUGUUUGAGGGUUCUACAGGCCGCUGUCCUUGGUGCUGAUUUACUGGUGUGGCAGAUUCAUUUCUGCAGUAAUCACAACCGUUUUGAUGCACUCAAGGUUACUUGGCAGGAGUCAUUGAGAUCAGCCGGAAGAUGGGGAGGGGGACCAUAUGUUACCCAGGUCUGUUGCUUUGAGUCAUUUCAACUUCUGCCAGAGAUGAGACCUCAAGCCAGCAGAACUGCAUUCAAAUGCCUUUCACUAUUCCAUUGUUGUUUAGUGUUGCAUCAUAUUAAUCAACAUUAUUUCACGUCCGUUUAUGAGGACACGCAUUUGUAAAACAACAUGUGUAUUAGAACAUAAAUAUAGACCACAAGAUGGAAACACUGGUCCAGAAGCACUUCCGGUUUCAGUUUCUAUUUAUUUAAUGUUAUUAUUUUUUAAUGCGAUCUUAAAGAUAUUAUUUCAACAUUUUGAUUUGGUCGUAAAUGUUCUGUUGGUUGUAUUUUGUCGAAACGUUAGUGUAGUUGGAUCAGCAUUGUUUACGUCAUCCAAAGUGAUCUGUAGUUUAUGACACACAGUAAAUGGUGUUUUAUUUCAAAUUAAAAAAUGGUGAAAGUUUUUUUCUGCGAGGGUUGGCUUUAGGGGAUAGACAUUUUCUUAAGUCUGGAUGUUUCAUGUGAAAGUGAAAGUGUUUCUGCAGUGUUUGGAUCUGUUUGAAGUUUCAGAGGAGUGAACUUGCACAAGAGCGAAUCAAUUCUUGCAGAGUUCAAACACGAAACCUUUUGUUUACUGGCCUCGAUCUUUACCAACAUCAGGUCUUUAAGCACAAAGCCAAGCAUUUGAACGCUGAUAAUCAGACUUUUUUUCAAAACAAACUCGACUGUUGUAUUCUUCCAGAGUCAGCGGGCUGUAACACAAGCCAACGCUCUGACCUCUGAAGCGCUAACCCAGACUCUAAUAAGUUUGUUAAUGAAACGGAACAAGCUUUAACAAAUGAGAGUGAGAAAGCGAGCAGGCGUGGAGUCUAAAAGCGCUGCUUUAAGUAGAGCGGGCAUCGAGCGCCCCGGGCGGGGGGUGACUGACAGACUGCUGGAUGACUCGCAAUUGAUUGGAAACACUUUCAACAUCUGCCAUCCGGGUCACAAUGGGACCAACUCUUCCUGUGCAGAGGAACCGUGUUGUUUCCUGAUGUUUGUUUCCUCUGUGCUUCUCAUCAGGUCCCAACUGGCAAUGAAGUUUCUGGACCCUGCCUUCACAUCCCUCAAUAACGCUCUCAACGAAAACCUGCAGGAGUCUACUAACUGGAGGUUUAAUAAGACUGCUUAUGUAGAGCAGAGUAAAGAAAUCGGCCAAUACAUCGACGUGCCGCACAACUUCACCCUGACCAAAAGCAGCGUGCGCGUGGGUCAACUGAUGCACUACGACUACUCCAGUCACAAAUACGUCUUCUCCAUCGGGGAGAACCUCAAAUCUCUGCUUCCAGACUCUUCUCCCAUCAUCAACAAGCGCUACAACACCUGCGCCGUCAUCGGCAACAGCGGGAUUCUCACCGGCAGCCGCUGCGGUCCAGACAUUGACAAGUACGACUUCGUCUUCCGCUGCAACUUCGCGCCCACCGAGGUCUUCCGUAAAGAUGUGGGCCGCAGGACCAACCUCACCACCUUCAACCCCAGCAUUCUGGAGAAAUACUACAACAACCUGCUGACCAUCCAGGACAGAAACAAUUUCUUCUUGAGUCUGAAGAAGCUUGACGGUGCCAUCCUGUGGAUUCCCGCCUUUUUCUUCCACACGUCCGCCACGGUCACGCGCACACUCGUAGACUUCUUCGUCGAGCACAAGGGCGAGCUGAAAGUGAAGUUGGCCUGGCCGGGAAACAUUAUGCAGUAUGUGAACAGGUACUGGAAGACCAAGCAUCUGUCCCCGAAGCGUCUGAGCACAGGGAUCCUGAUGUUCACGCUGGCCUCGUCCAUGUGCGAGCAGGUCCAUCUGUACGGCUUCUGGCCCUUCGGCUGGGAUCCAAACACCGGCAAAGAGCUCCCGUAUCAUUACUAUGACAAGAAGGGAACCAAGUUCACCACAAAGUGGCAAGAGUCACACCAGCUGCCCACCGAGUUCAAACUGCUCUUCAAAAUGCACACGGAGGGCAUCCUGAAACUCAGCCUCUCCCACUGCGCCUAGAGGUCAAAGGUCAGGGGUCAGAGAGCCAGCGGGGGUCAGGACUGCGGCAGGUCGCUUGUUUCUGCUAAUGGACGUUUGUCGGGAUUCGGUGCGGCGUGAAUUUUAUUCUGCAGCGGGCUGAUGAUGGUCUCGGUAUCUCGUGAUAUCAAUGAUUGUGGGAGUAUUGAUGAUGUGAAGAUCAAUCUGCUCAAAGCGUCAUGUUACAAUAUAACUGCAUACAGCAUAGAAAAAUACACAGAAAAUAUUAUGGCUUUGUUUGUUCGCUAGUGACAAUUCUUGCCAUAAUACAACUCUUCCAUUCACUUCAGUAAAACAGAGGGCUUAGUGACUUGAACAAACCUGUAACCCAAAACAUUUCUCUUUGGCCUGUAAUAGACGCGCUACAGACACGACUGAAACUCACACGUGUGUGCUGUUACUUUCCAAAUGAUCAAUGCGACUGAUUUUCAGUCAGAUGGAUAAACUCGGGACGUGAGACGUCUUGAGGCGUCUGGAUGCGCUCCUUAGACCUGGGCCAGCCCUUUGGAAAAGUAACCAUGAUUUUACUACAAAUAAACAGAAAACAUAGUUACCAUAGUGAAACGGGUCAUUCUCACGAAACCACUGAAACCUCAUGGCAGUUAAGAUUUGACUUAGAAAACAUACAUUUUGAUAACACAAUAAUGAUCAUAAUAAAGACAAUUGUGUUCUCUACCUUGGACAAAAAUUUAUUUUGACAUAGGAAUACAUUUUUUAUGUAUUUUAUUGCUGAAAUUCUCAAAAGCGUAACACAACCCGAUUUGCAUUAUAUGUUGUAAUUUUAAUUAAAAUAUUUUGAAAAAUUUUUUUGGAUGUUCUACUAGACGUUCUCAAAUUACAAAAAAUUCCCCAAAAAAUGAUUGACAGAAUAUUCAUGUAUAAUAAAAAUGAAGAAAUAUUGGAGGUAAGAAGUGUCCAUUCUCAUCUUCUGUAACGUUUUUAAUACACAAAGAUAUUUACAUUAAGUUUGAUUUUAUGUAAAGAAACACGUCUUUCAAAUGGCUAACAAGUUAACAGAUUACUUUAUAUUUUUCUAUUUAAAAACUUAAUUUUCUCUUGUCACAAAGAGACUUUUUCCCUUCUCAUUACCGAUAGAGGUGGUUUUCUACAUUUAAAGAAAUUUGACAUGUAUAAUAUUCUAUUAAAAUAUAAUUUAUUAAUGUCUUAUUAUGUAUGAUUAAUAAAAACUUGCUUAGGCAUCAUGGCUUUGCUUGUUUCUAGCAAAACAUGCUAUGAGAUUGUCAGCUUUAAAUGGUUACAGCAAUGAGAAUUUUUAAGGCCUUUUUUGUUAAACUGUCAGUAAAUGUUUUUAAAUCAAUGCCUUUAAGCAUAUCAUACCUUGUUUUAAAUGAAUAUAAAGGAAGUUUGUUGAAAAGUGUUUUUGAGAAAAUCGUGUUUGACAUCUUCAAGAUUUUGUGAGAAUCGCCCAAACCAUGGUAACCACAAAUGAAUCAUGGUUUUUCUACAGUAACCACAGUUCAUCAUGGUAUUUGUAGUAAAACUAUGGUGUUACAAAUAGUUAUCUAUACGCCAAAACCAAUGAUGUUCUCUUUAUAAUAACAAGGAGAGAAAUCAAGCGCCCACAGCAACAUAGCAACAUGCUAGAAGGCUCUCAGAACACCUUAGUAACCACAUAGCAACACCAUGGCAACGAGCUGUAACGCCUUAGCAUCACUACAGUGUGACGUUUGCACAAGCUAAAUCCUUCACAGUUUCUUCAGAUUUCUUCAAACGUAAAAAUCUAUUUUGUAUGUAGUUUUAAUUCUGAACACACAGUACCAGACAGAGAUGAUGGUACACUUAUUUUCAGCAUGCAGGAGAUCGUCACGGCUGGUUUGUUGUUGUGUGAAUACACAGAUACAGUGAGUUUAGGAGUUGAAUGUGUCAAUCGAUCCAGUUUCACAGGCUGGUGGGCGGGGCUUUCUUAAUGAGAGGCUGCAGAAGUGUGUUUAACAUCUUACAUAUAAUUAUAUGAAUGUGUGCACAUUAUGAGCAUAUGUGUGUCAGACAUUAAAUCACACGCAUUGAUUGUUUAUUAUUAUUAUUAUUAUACCGUACGUGUGUGUGUGUGCGCGUGUGUGCGUGCGUGUGUGUGUGUGUUCAUUUCUUAAGAUGUGUAGAGCUGUGAUCCGUGUGCAGAAAAGAAGGUUUGUUUUAUCUUCUUUAAUCUAAUUCUGCUAUUUUUUGAAUAGUCUAUAGAGAUUUAACAUAACAAACCUUAAUGUAUCAACAUUACACACUUAGAUAGAUAUUUUAAGAGUUUCUUUGUGGCUUUUUUGUGAGAUGUGUUUGGAGCAAAUCUCAGAAUGUCAAUAUGUGCGAAUCACAUUUUACUACAUAAACCUCUCAUCCAUGUCAGAUCAUUUCAUUAAAAUCAAUUCUGAAAAACUGACUCCAUAUCAGAUAAACAAGUAAAUCUAAAUAAUACACAAAAACCACAUGACAGAAGUCAUGUUAUAUUGGCAAUUUGCUGAUUUAACACAAAUCAAUUUUUAAAGAAGCAUUCACAGCAAACAAAUUGUUGAUUUGGUCUGACAAUGAUCAGCUGUGAAUUAUGGGAUGUCCAGGAAACUUUACUCAAAUGGUUAACACAUGCAGAUUUGUUUUGCGUGGCCAAGCGGAUUAGCAAACAAAUUGAUUGGCUGAGAUGGUUAAGAUUUGAUUGGAUAAGACGGAGCGCACGCUCUAAUUCUUGAUCAUAUAACUGAAGUUCUGUUUGCUAAACGCUGAACCUGUAAACCGUUUCACUGAAGCCACUUGUCAAAUUGAUUCAUGUGUCUGAGAAGAGAGGAAUAUCAUCUAACAACAUAUCCGCCUUGCCACGUUUGUGAUGAUGAAGCUUAUGAAUGUUCAACAAAAAGAAUCUAAGAAAGUUCACACAACAUUUACCAAAGAACUUGACUCACAAAAGUCUGUCAUCUGACAUUUGAAAGUUCUUGUUAAAAACUAACCAAACCAUUUUCAAGGUUUGUUCUGUGUUUGGGGAGACAGACAAAACAGUGAGUUUCAAGGUUUCGAGUGGUUUAGCACGAAGGUUUCUUUACAUAUGAAAGUGUUCUGCCAUUUUUAUUUUGUUCUUUAUCUUUCAUAUAACAUAUAUAUCAUAUAUUUCAGAUUUUUUUUAAAGCUGCAUUAUACACACACUGGGAAUCUUCCAGUUCUUUUUCUUUCACAUUUUGCUCUCUGACUGUCUGUUGGCUGUAUGAAUCUCUCAAUGAACUUUCGUGAAACGGAUCAAAGCCGAGACUCUUAGAGAGUCAUGGGCGCUGAAUGUUUCAUUAUGUUUGUUGAAUUCUAUAAUGCUGAUUUCUUUCGGUCGUAUGUGUCUUUCAGCUUGUGACUGUCAGCAGAUCUUGAGUUUCUCAAAUAUGAUUGUGAUCAUUUACGAACCAAACUUAUCUAGACAUCAUCUGUAUAUUAAAUAUUAUUUCUUAAUAUUUCCAAUUAUUUGAUUGAAUCCUUUUGAUUGUGAAUGUAGGAGUAUGUUAUUCUUGAUGUUUCCAUGGCAACGGUUGUUCAUCAAAGAGAAUGUGGACGAAUAAACUUUAGUUUAUGACAUUAAAGUUGUGUCACUUAUAUACUGCAUAUAAUACAUCACUGAAGAAUGUGAAAAUAUAGUUGAAAAAUGUAAAACCUUAUUUAUUGCGACGGUCUGUUGUUCACUUCACAGAUGGAUUUUUCUGCGGAUGUUGUGAUUGGCAGUGUAAUGGUCAUCAGAAAUAUUCCUUAAGCAGUAAAUGUUGUCAGUUUUGUGUUUACAGUUGUCAUAAAUCAGGAUUACAUUGUCAUUUCUCUUCAGUUUUCUUCAAGGACUGUUCAAUACGGCGCCAUUACACCAAACUUCACAGGAGAAUUUCCUUCAAAAAUGC